AGCACCUGCUGCUGCUGACAAAUUAGAGAGGAACGUACGACUGCCUGACCAAAAGACAACAUCAAUUCUUGUAAAAUAUUGUGUACGUGCAUGGAUGGAAAUUUCCUGCUGUCCAAUUUGGUUGGUUCAUUCAUCCUUAGCUGGUUGUUGAUGAUGAUGAUGAUGAUGAUCAGACACACAUGGGAUGUCGCGACCCGAGUUUGAUUUUGAUGCUCUGAGAGAGUUGCACGAUUCGGUGAACAGGUUGCUGCAUUCACCGCACACCAAGCUGGAAAUCAUCCACCACGGCCGGGAAAAAUGGGCGAACGAGGUGUCAGAAGCGUCGCUGAAGAUGGCGGACUCGUGCGCCGCCGCGAAGGACCUUCUCCUCCUUACCAAGGAACACCUUCAGAGUCUCCAAUCCGCGUUCCGCCGUAUCGCCGCCACCGCGACUGAAACCGCCGCCGAUCACGCUGGGAACCAUUUCGAGCCCUACCGCCUCCCGAGGAAGCAGCUGAAGAAGGCAAUUCUGAAGAGACUGAACUCGCUCAAGGGGAUGAAGAACACGUGCCUUGCUGCCGCCUCACUACAGCCGAAAGAGGACCAAAACCUAGAGGUGGUUGUUGAGUUGCUGAAGGAAGUGAGAGCCACAACUUUGAUGAUCGUACGAUCGCUAUUGUCGUUGAUCGCGUUGCCCAACCCGGACGGGAAAACGGGUUCGGGGCGUAAGGAUCCGGUAUUCAGGCUGAAACUGACGCGGGUGGAUAGCCUAAGUUUCUGGGAUAAGUGCGAGGCGACGGAGAUACGGUCGGUGGCGAAAAGGCUGGAGGAGGUGGAGACGGUGGUGGAAGACAUGGAAGCUGAGUUGGAUCACAUGUUCAGAAGAUUGGUUAGAACAAGGGCUUCGCUUCUCAACAUACUGACCACCUAAUCCGGAUCGAUGAAAUCAGUGUCCAGUUAGUUUGAUGAUCAAUCAGUUAUUUCGUGAUUGAUUAUUACUGGUGAACAAACAAUUGAACCAGAUUUUUUUUAGGGUUUUGCUUCAAUGGGCCGUUGAAUAGUGAAUAACACUGACGUCGGUGUCUUAGAUCUGGCACAGAGAAUAGGGUUAAAAGUCCUAGUGGGAUUUCACCCAAGUAACAUUGGAUUGGAAAUGUAUUCUUUGAUUCUUUCUAGUUUGAAAUUCUACCGAGAGUAAAUUGUUUUUCUUUUUCUCUUUUAUCUUUUAUGCUAUAAGAAUUCUACUUUGCUAAA